AUGGCCAACGACGAAUAUGAUUUCCUCUUCAAAGUGGUGCUGAUCGGAGACUCGGGUGUCGGUAAAUCCAACCUGCUGAGCCGUUUCACCCGCAACGAGUUCAACCUGGACUCCAAGUCCACCAUCGGUGUCGAGUUUGCGACUCGCUCAAUCCAGGUCGACUCCAAGACCAUCAAGGCACAGAUCUGGGAUACUGCUGGUCAAGAGCGCUACCGUGCCAUUACCUCGGCCUACUACCGUGGCGCUGUCGGCGCUCUCCUCGUCUAUGAUAUCAGCAAGCACCAGACUUACGACAAUGUCAACCGGUGGUUGAAGGAGCUGCGGGAUCACGCCGAUUCCAAUAUCGUCAUCAUGUUGGUCGGUAACAAGAGCGAUUUGCGACACCUUCGUGCGGUCCCCACCGAGGAGGCCAAGCAAUUUGCCAGCGAGAACAACCUCUCUUUCAUCGAAACUUCCGCCCUUGACGCCAGCAACGUCGAACUUGCCUUCCAGAACAUCCUCACAGAAAUCUACCGCAUCGUUUCCAGCAAGGCUCUGGACUCUGGCGAGUCGAGCACGAACCCACCUGUGGGCCGCACUAUCGACUUCACCCCGCAGCCCAACGAGCAGAAGCAGGGCUGCUGCUAA